AUGAUCAGACAGUAUCUCACCUACCCAGCUGCGCAUUACAACCAACAAGCAGAUAUGUUCAUGCAAAAGUGGGAGCCAUUCUGCCCUGUUCUUGUGAUAAAGCAACUAUUGGCAGACAUUCAAGAUCUCAUGAAUGCUUUAUAUGACCCAGAGGGUCAAAGUACUCUUGACUACUCCACUACGUUGAUUGUAUUGAUGAUCUUGAACAUACAAGAAUCUUUCCCCACUUCGCCAGCGCAGCCUUCCGGACAAAGUCCGAAUUGCAUUGAGAGACUCUCUUUGGCUCAUGCGUUGAUUGAUAAGGUUGUGAGUCAAGGGAACAUUCGAAGCCUGCAGGCUUUGGCUCUUUUUGCGCUUUUCAAUCAACUGAGUGGUCGCUGUCUAAUUUUGACUACCAUCAACGGGAUGAUGGUAAGACUGUCCCAAUCACUGGGAUUACAUAGGCAUGCAAGACGUUUCAAAAUGGGUGUGGGAGAAAUUGAGCUUCGAAAGCGCUUGUGGUGGUGGGUCUAUGUGUUUGACAGGUUUACUUCUGUUCUACACGGAAUACCUCCCCUCGUCAACGACGUUGAUGUUGAUAAUGACUUGCCCAUCGAUUGCCACCUUCACGACCUGGGGGCCACUGAGCUUUCUCAUCCUCUGCCCGGUGAGCGAACAGGAGUAUUUGUGUUUCUCCAAUACGUGAGUCUCGGUAAAAAGCUAUCUAGGAUUCUUAAUCUGCUCUAUACGACCACACAAAGACGCGAUGGCGCACGGAAGAUCACUGAACUAGAUCGUGAUCUCCGCGUGUGGAACCAAAACCUCAAAGCACACGGCAUCUUUUUCGAUAUCGGGGAUAGUGAUUUGCAACAUUUAGCUGGCUACACUGGCCGGCCUUAUCAGAGCGCGACUUUGUGGCUCCAACUCAUCUCAAAUAUGACCAUGAACCUCAUACAUCGCCCCGGGCUCUCCUUUGACGACACAAGCCCAGAAUUCGGCAUUUGCCUUAGGGCAUGUCUCAAUUCUGGUACUGCGGUCUUGUCGCUGGUUGAAUCAUUGCAAAUCCCCAGGUGGCUUCGCAAUUUGAGCUUGGUUGGACCUGCUACAAUUUUCCAGUCCUCCCUCAUCCACAUAUAUUCUCAUCUCAAAUUCGGCAUGUCUAAGCCAGAUGGACUUCCAUCGCCGGAUGCGAGCAUGAGUGUGAUUUUGAAGGCCAUCUCGUUAUUAACAGCAGAUGUUCAGAGUUCUGUUAUCAACCAAGCACAGGAGAACUUUUACUGUCAAUCUCUUAAUGAGAUCAUCGAAACGCUACAAUCUUUAAUUCCAUCUUUACCAAUGGUCGCACAGGGUUUCUUGGAAACCGAGCCUGUUAUCAACGAGGACGACCCCACGACCGACACGUUCGACGAACAAGCAUGGGGUGGCAACACGCUAGACGCGUUGAAUUACAUGACUGCUUCUGAUUGGAUGGGCAAUGGGUCAAGCCCGUUCAUGGAUUUCAUGGAUUUAGGCGGGUCAUAA